CCAAAAUAUCAUUGAUCGACCCACUUCAAUUGCAACAAGUCCACUAGUGAUUCGACAGGAAACAUUUCCAGGACAAUGGCAACAUCAUAUCUUUUAGACAAUCCUCACCUCCUAAAAGGCGUGAAACUAUUUAGGGAAAGAAUAAAAGGGAAAAAAGACCUUGUUAUCCAACAGAGUGAUAUUCUAAAAGAUUUCCUGCUCAAAAUCCAAAAUGACGGAUUGAAAGCGGCUUAUGAGAAGUAUGACUACUCGCCACCUGACCCAUUUCAGCUAAAAUGUCAAAAAUCUGAGGUACAGGAAUAUAUGCCACCGAGGAAUAUUAAGUAUGACGUCAUUAUUGUUGGAGCUGGUAUGGCUGGCCUGGCCGCAGCGUAUGAGUUGAAGAGAGAAGGGCUGAAAGUGAAAAUCCUGGAGCAGACUGAUCGCUAUGGUGGUCGAGUAUUUAGUUAUGACGAAAAAAAUGGGGGUCUAGCACCCGGAUUAUAUGGCGAAGCUGGAGCAAUGAGAUUGCCUGGUGCUCUGGAUGAACCGGAUGUUAGACCGCAUUUUCUUACGGAUGGAUACGUUGAAAAGUUCGGAAUACCGACAAAAAAGUUUUUAAAUUAUGAUGCAAAUGGCCUAUCUAUUUUUUACGGAUUGAAGGAGAAAACAACGGGCUGGGAAGAGAAACAUUUCAACACCGUUUGGCCAGACUGGAAGAAAGGGAUUAAGAACGUCGAUAUUGAAGAUAUCGGUGAAUAUUAUAAAAGAACAACUGGCGUUGUUACCGAUCAAUUGAUUGACUGGUUGAAGGAGGCGGUUGACAUUGAGGACGAAAUCGCAGUAUGGCAACAAUGGCUGAACAUUUGGAGUAAGUUUACAUUGGAAGGCUUUCUAAGAAGCAGUGUUGAUGUUAUUCGUGCAAGAUUGAAAAACGAUGGAAGUAAUUCAUCAGAGCAUCUCGACUUUGAGAUGCUUGAAAACCUUCUACCGUGGUCUGAAGAUGCAGUUCGUGGUUAUUCUGUGUUCACUUACGCAGAAGAACUGGAUGUUGCAUUGGAUCAUCAUCUUCGCUAUGAGUUAGGACAAUGGUGGACACGUGAUAUGCACACUUUGGUUGGUGGUAUGCACAGUUUACCGAAUGCAUUCCUCAGUUCAGGACAAGAGGACUCGUUGGAUCCUGCAGAUUUAGAACUGAACCAACAAGUUUACAAGAUAUCUUAUUACUCCAGGCCCCUUCAGCCUGACAGAGAUUAUGUCAGUGUAACCUGUUAUGCCUCAGGAAAAAACCAAGAACGUACAUACAAAGCACGGGCCGUAAUCGUUACCACUCAAGUGAACAUAUUGCGGCAAAUUACCUUUGAACCAAUCAAUCCCAACAAGGAAGUGAAUGAGGCUCUGAGGAAGAACAUUCAAGCUAUUGAAGACAUUUUCACUGGACCUUCAACGAAGAUCAUACUGCAAACCAAGACUAGAUUUUGGGAAAAGAAGAAGUACGGCAUCGAAGGCGGCCUUUCCAGGACCAACCUACCAAUCGGUCAAGUAUACUACAUCAAGCCAGAUCCGCAAUAUCUCAAGUCCACCAAGCAAGGAAUAAUGUUGAUUUACACAUGGAAGAAUGAAGCAGUUCAUUUUGGUUCCCUGACCAAUGAUCAAGCAGAAAAGCAGGUUAUUGAGCAAGUUGCAAAAUUCCAUCCUGAAAUCGAGGAAAAAGGAGCGGUGGAAAAGUGCAUUGUCCAUGCCUGGAACAACCAACCCUCUUAUCAAGGUGCCUAUGCUAUGUUCAAGCCCACUCAAUAUAAUAAUCUCAGGUGUUUGUGGGAUCCAAUGGGCAACGUACAUUUCGCUGGAGAAAACCUAUCAUUUACCAACGCCUGGAUUCAAGGAGCUCUGGAAAGCAGCUUGAAAUCCGCAUAUCAAGUUUAUGCACGCUACGUGGAGAGAAAUGAAAUGAUCACAGGAAAGGGACAGACUAGUACGAUGGAUUAACAUUAACACAGUUUCAAAUGAAACCGCACUGCGCAUAUCAUUUACUUGUUUAAUUUUUGAAUAAAAUUCGACAUCGGCACAUUAACAACUUUAAGUAGUGGUUAGAUUAGAUAAACUUUUUUCGCACAAGAAUGGCUCUUGCCAGUUCAAAUAAAAUUUUCGU